CAGACUUGGAAAACCACACGAGGUGGACUGAGACGAACGAAAGACGACAGUGCAGGAUUAUGGCGACGUGAUCUAUCCUUGCUACCGCGCAAAUCGCCGUUAUGCGCCAAACGACACUCUCCUGGCUGAAUGAGCAGCAGUGGGUGUUCCUCGACGUCUGAGAACUGUCCACCGCCAACCCCCUACUCGCUCACAACAUACUCAUACGACUCUGCAGUCAUCUCCCUCCCCGACAUCCAUAUACUUGGUUUGCCAGCAUCGCUCCUACCGCCUCGCCUCGCCCCGCCUCGUAACUUCCACUGGCGCGGAGGCAGUUUCUCGACACCGAUCACUCAGGGUCCCAUCAUUUGUCAUCAUCAAGACACGGGGACCCGGACGCCGGCCUCCUGAAUUCGAAGGGAAGCUCGGAAUAUGCGCCGUUGGGGCUGAGCAGGAGC